AUGGCUAAAACUUCCAAGACGGUCCCCAAAAAAGAUAAAGCGUCAACUUCUUCUACCUCUCAGCCGGCAAAACCGGUGGUGCCGCCGACUCUUGAAGAAAUCACCCCCGGCCCUUGCGUGAUUAAGAAGGACUUUAGCCUUGGAGAUGCAUCCGAGAUGAGGCCGGCUCCGCCCGGGGAAAAGACCAAGCCUUCGAUUUCAAAAUCGGGGAAGGACAACAAAAGGAAGAGGGUCUCGAAGCCUGAAGAUCCUCAAGAUAAGAAAACCCCUGCUCGAAAGCUGCGGAAGAGAUUUGCUCAUGCGGACGCAGAUUCGGCCUACGAUUCCCCGGAUGAUGAAGAAAAUGAUGGUGAAGAGUCGGCGUUGGUGCCUCGAACCAGAAAACCAAUCGAGGACGCCAAGCCCUCCGAACUAGAGGCCUCAUCUCGUGGUGAAGGAACCCUAAAGAAAGAUGCGGGCAAGGCCUCCGUGUCCCCAGAGGUUGAGAUCGUUCCUACGCCUUCAACAAAUAUGCUUGAAGGGGCAAAUGCGGAGACCCCCGAAGCUAAUGAGAACGCCCCGAGUGACGAGCUCGGGGCCACGACAGCAGGCCACUCCCUUUCUUUGCCAACUUAUUUCGAGGAUGCAAUAGAAGAAGCUAACGCUCUGCGUAUGCCCGAUCCGAGCAAGGACAUUGUAAAGUUUAGAGCUGAGUUGAGCCAAUGUGAGGCCGAGCUCAAGAAAGUUUCGGGCGAAGAGAAGGCCCUGAGGCUCCCCUGUAACCAAAAGGAGGAGGAGCUUAAGGAUCUUCGGGCUGAAUUGGCCAAAGCCCAGAAAAACGAGGCCGAGCUAGAUGAGCAGCUCGCUGCCGAUAAGGAAGUUGUUACAGCCCAACUGGCCUUGGCUGAAACUCAACUCCGAGGCAUUAAAGCAAAGGGUUUGGCCCAGGUUAAGAAAAUUGAGGAGUUAGAGGCAGAGCUUGCUAGAGCCCGGGCCGAAGCUGAUAAAACGAAGGCCGCGGCUGAUAAAUCCAUUGCCAUAGCCGAGGAAAAGGCACGGGAAACCGAUGCCAGGUUUCUUUUCUCUUCUGAUGAUGAGGAUGUAGCGAGUGGCUCCGGGGACGGGGAAGGUGAAGAAGAUGUUCCCGAGGGAGAGGAGGCUCCCGAAGAUAGAGCUGCUGAAGGUGUAGUUCCUGAGGAUGGCGCUCCCGGGGAUAUGACCCCGAAAAUAGAUUAG